AUGAACUCACUGAAUAUUCUCUCGGCACGAGUGUCGCCGCCGCAGACUCCCGCGCCUUCUCGGAGUAAUUCUUAUGGCAACCUGCUAUCAUCUGGGGAAGGGUCCGGGUCUAGAAGGAACUCUAGAGGGGACAUACUGAGCGAGAAGGUCGAAAGUUCGGAAACCGUUGGAGAUAUCGAUGAUGAUAGGGCAGUCUACGAGGAAACCCCUUUGUUAUACAAAGAGUCGAGCCAGAUUUCGCUCCCUGAACCUUCGCGCUGGCAUAUGAUCCCCAAGAGGAUAUCUCAUGCUGUAAUCGAGUCGAUACGCUGGGUGUUGUCUACUCUAGCUGCCCCAGGCGUAUACCUCAUAGCAUAUCUCUACGACGAGCGAGGGAAUUUUGCGCCGUUCACGCAGUUGAGGAAACUUGGAUCUGGGUUUUCAGGGAGCGCACGGCGGGGUUCAACUAGCCAAGCAGUUGGCAUCUCAGCAAUCGACAGGGAAAGGAUUGUAGGGGAUCAAAACAGCAGGAGAAGUACACGUCGAGGGUCUGUGAGGGCCUCUAGAGCAGUGCCGUCGAGUUAUUCUUCAUCUGGGAUGUCGUCUGAAUCUGAAUCAGACAGAGACCGAGCAGCUGCAGAUGAAGAAGCGCCUGGAAGCUCAAGCCGACAUACUAGAUCGAAGUCUCUACAAACUUCUGAUGAAAUAGCACCAGCGAGACGGUCCAUUCGGAUUAAGCUCCACAAUGAGGAUACCCUGAGGCAAAGGAAGCAUCGUCGGGCGCAGUCCACAAAUACCCAAAACAGUUCCGGUGCUGUGAGGGCCGGGGAGAUAACACCGGCUACUCUCAAAUCUCCAACUUCUCCGGCUUCUUCACUCUCCAUGACGAAAUAUCCCCGUGCGCCAGUACCACCAAGGCCUUUGAUACCCCGCCGACAGCCUUCUUACACCAUUCCUGAAACUCCUAGUGGACGAUUGACACAAAAGACUCUUGUUCUUGACUUGGAUGAAACUCUCAUUCACAGUAUGGCUAAAGGGGGCCGCAUGAGCACUGGUCAUAUGGUUGAGGUAAAGCUUAAUACUCUCGUUGCAGCCGAUGGAAGUUCGACGCUCGGGCCUCAGCAUCCCAUUUUGUAUUAUGUGCACAAGCGACCUCAUUGCGAUGACUUUUUACGGCGGAUUUGCAAAUGGUACAACCUAGUCAUUUUUACAGCUUCGGUUCAAGAGUAUGCAGAUCCGGUGAUAGAUCUAUUAGAACAGGAACGUAAAUUCUUCUCUGGUCGAUACUACCGUCAGCACUGUACAUACCGGCACGGCGCCUACAUCAAGGAUCUGAGCUCUGUAGAGCCUGACUUGAGCAAGGUUAUGAUUUUGGACAAUAGCCCUUUGAGCUACAUGUUCCACCAAGGUCAGUUGCCAUUCCCCAUGCCGCAGAACCAGGCCCUGAUUUUGUGUAGAUAA